AUGUCCUCCUCGUCGACGACGGAAACCAAGACGUUUACUCUUGAAAAGUACUCCCGCGCCUACUCCAACAAGAAAGAAAGCAAUGGCGGCUCUGAAUGGCAACACUUUACGAAUCCUGUUUUGCGUUUGAUUCUGGAUAUGAAGAUGUCACCCGAGAAAGCAGAGUCGUUUAGACUACGCGUUGUUUGGACAAUGCAUAGCUCUGGUACCGCCCCACAGGAUAUCGUGCUUGAAGAUCUUGACCUGCUUUCGUUCUCUUCUCUCAGUGAUGUUUUCAAGAGUGAAAGCUCUCCGCUCAAGGGCGUCUAUCGCGAGACGACAUUUGGCUUGCGCUAUCUCUAUGUGCCAGAGUCCUCCGCGUCGCAAAAGGUUUAUCGGCGUUUCCAAGUCUCCUUCUCUUCGUCCGUUGUAACCCAGCAGCUCGUCGAUGCUAUUAGUAGUGUAUGCCCCUGCAAGACCACCGAACCAAGCACCUUGGAACGAAAGAAGACUGCAGCAGUUCGUGUCCAGCCACCACCACCGCCACCACCAGAUCCCAUUCUUGCUGAGCCUCAUUCGCAUUCUCGUUUCCAGCCCUCCGCCGUCAGAUUCUUGGAGCCCAACAGCUCGAUUGUACUCAGUGGUCCCCCGCGCUUAUCUCCUCUAGCUGAAGCGCCGUCACUCUGGCCAGCGGAAUCUGAAAAGACAGCAGUACCUUUAGACUCGUCUCCGCCACCCGCUCCCACGCCAUCUCCCAUCCUGCCAGAAAGCGCAGUGCCGCCACCCUCGUCGCUCCCGACAGCAGAUCCAGAUUCUCACGCACAGAAAAUCGCAGACUCCCUUCGUGAAGCUACGGGACUAUACGAGAUGCCCUACAGCCAACUCGCAAAACUGGUAGGCGAUGUGGUAAGAGAGGAUGGGUUCACUCGUUUGAUGGAGAAUUUGUCUAGCAUGUGGGUUGCGAAGGCGCUGGCGACAAGUCCCGUGUAA